AACACCCCAAAACAACAACUACCAAAAAACGCCCCCUCCACCCUCAAUUCCUCCUCCGUCUCCCUCCCAAACAACCCAAAAGAAACCCCAAAAAAGAAAAUGGUAAAACCACUAACCUUCAAAGGCGACAAGCCCAAGAAGACCAAAAAGCGCAGCGCUCCCUACCCACCCAGCAAACCCACUCCCGGAACGAAACCCACGCAAGAAGAAACCGCCGAGCAAGAAUCCACGGCCGAAGACCAGAGCUGGGUGUCGGCGGACGCGCCCUCGGACAUCGCCGGCCCCGUCAUCAUCGUUCUCCCCUCAGACCCGCCGACCUGCAUCGCCAGCGACGCCAAUGGGAAGGUCUUCGCCAGCGAGAUCGAGAAUCUGAUCGAGGGCGAUCCGGGCACGGCGGAGCCGCAUGAUGUUCGGCAGGUUUGGGUUGCGACUAGGGUGGCUGGCACGGAGGGGAUUAGUUUUAAGGGGCAGCAUGGGAAGUAUUUGGGCUGCGACAAUUAUGGAAUCCUGAGUGCCGCGUCAUCGGCUAUUUCGCACCAGGAGUCGUUUGUGGUUAUUCCGUCCGAGGUGCCUGGGUCGUUUUGUCUGCAGACUGGUGGUGGUGAUAAGGAGACGUUUGUCUCUGUGACGGAGGGGAAGUCGAGCAAGGCGGCGAGUGGGAGUGUGGUUGAGGUGCGGGGCGAUGCGACGAGUCUCUCGUUCGAGACGACGAUGAGGAUUCGCAUGCAGGCGCGGUUCAAACCGCGCAUCAAGGCGAGUAAGGAGACGAAGGCGAAGGAGAAGAUUAGCCGGAAGGAGCUGGAGGAGAUUGUCGGGAGGAGACUGGAUGAUGACGAGGUCAGGAGGCUGAAGAAGGCGAGGAAGGAAGGGAAUUUUCAUGAGGAGGUGCUGGAUGUUAGGGUUCGGGGGAAGCAUGACAAGUUUGCUUGAGUUGGUUUUCUAUACUCCCUUUUCUUUUUUUAUGCUGUUGUUUCUUUGCUGGGUUGGGGGAUUCUUUAGGGUUAUGCAUUGUAUCAUGUCAAUAAUUGAGCUUUUAUUUGGGAUGUCUAUUGGGUUUGGUUUGUCUGUACUACUUAUGCUUGCUACAAUAUAUGGAGCUUUGUGUUCUUUCAUGUACUAUAUAGGGUUGAGGUGGAUAGUUCAUAUGUGAAUGUGGCGAUUGUGUACUCACCAAUCGAUGUGAAAUCAGGCUCUAAGAUAGAAAUCAGAUAUCACUUGAUUACUUCCGACGGCCAGACCC